UUCCUUUUAUUCGCCAUUGAAAUGAUCUUUGCCCUCCAUGAUUUCGUGCAUGUGCAUAAAUUUUUGUCACUUUUCGCAUUGAUUUCCUUCUGUUCUGAUCUUUUCCUUCCCCCCCUCUAUCAACGGUUCCAGUUGAAAGUUUUGCUUGGAGGCGGUUUUCUCUCCUUCCUUGUUGAGGGAAUCUUUGCUGGGGGGGGGGGGGGAAUCUGAGAGGGCUCUAUGCGAAUGUUUCUGAUAUCAGCUGGUCCUGCUAUAAAGUGAAGGAAGCACACUUGAUGACCAUGAUCAUGGUCCUAGACUUUGUUUUGACCAGAUUCUUUUGCUAACUGCUUUUGGGUUCCUGUGUUUUCGUAGGGGUGUAUUUGAGAUCACACGGGCUCUCUUCACUUUCUCCUUCCUAACCUUUUUCUUGCGAUUUUUGGGUUUCUUCGAAUCCGAAUCUUCGACGCAUGUCCUGCUGUUCCUGUUGUUGUUGGCAAGUUUCCGCCCUUCGGACCUAAAAUGUCUCACUCGCAGCCGGCACAGAAGGAGAUGGUGAACGCGAGAGAGGCCUCGCAAUCGGGAGACACGACCUACACCAAGAUUUUCGUGGGUGGGCUGGCUUGGGAGACUCGGAGAGACACGUUGAAGGGCUACUUCGAUCGGUUCGGGGAAAUCCUAGAGGCCGUGGUGAUCGCCGACAAAGUCACCGGAAAAUCCAAGGGAUAUGGCUUCGUGACAUUCAGAGACCCGGAUUCGGCGAGCAGGGCUUGUCAGAAUCCUUACCCUGUCAUUGAUGGGAGGAGGGCUAAUUGCAAUCUUGCUUCUCUCGGUGCUCAAAAGAAUCGAUUCUCGACAAAUCAACAAGGAACUGAGAAAUUUAGGCAGAAAUCCGCAUCAGCGGCACCCUCCAGCUUCAAUGCGUCCUCUGCAUAUUUUCCGCAGUCUGCCCCCAAUAACGCAUUUACUUACUCUGCUUACGGGUACCCGGGCUAUCCUCACAACUUAUACGCAAUGAAUUAUUACAAUGUAUAUGGGGGCCAACAGCAUCCGACUUAUUACCCUUCUCUGGCACCUGGAUCUUCGGGGUUCUACCUAAACUACUAUCCAUUCUAUGCACAUCAUGCGCAGAGUAGUUCGACGCAGUACCCGAAAUUGAUGCGAUAUCCGCUUCUAUCUCCAACAGUCCAUGCCUUAGAGUUCUCGUCAACAACUACCUCGGCUUCUUUGCUACCUGUUGUUACCACACAAUCAACUGCAUCAGCAGUUCCUGCAGAAACGAGGGACACACCAGUGCACAAAAAUGGCUAAAAGAUUCACGGGGCAGGCAUAGGAGCAAGGUUCAAAGUCUCUUGGGGCUGCUGAGUCCAAAAAUAUACGGAGGCAUGAAGGAGCAAAGUUUUCACUUUGACCAUCUUGUAGGCUAGGUCUUUUCUUACUUCUUCUUUUCCAUUGACAUGGAUUACAGAAAGUCAUAUUCAGCUUCGUUUCGCACCAUCACACACAUUCACAUACACGCAUAUUGCAUGCUACACUCGACAUGGAAUUAUCUUUUCUAACUUGAAGUUGAACUCAAUUAUUGACAUUGUUCUGGUUUAUACCUCUAUAA